AUGAUGGGGAAAACCAUUACCUUCCCGAGCCAAAAGAUACCGACUUUGAAGAUUAGCCGAAACGUCAGAAGGAGGAGUGGUGGUGGUGCGCUUGGUGAUACUUGCAGCAGUGGGGAUAAGAUUCUUGUGGCUAAUAGAGGUGAAAUCGAUGUCCAAGCAACCAGUCGUAAGUCUUUCUGUCAACAUGUUGGUCCAGAUGCUUGA